UCGUUCUCCCGGAAACUUACUUUCACGUGAAGCUUGUAACCCCUACAUCGCAGCGAUCCGUGUUCUUCCUCAAUUUUCCAAAGAUGCCUACCACAAACCAACAGAGCGAUGAAUUUCAACAAUUUCUUGACCAGAAUCAGUAUUCUAGCAACAGUAUUUUGCGUUACGAGAAAAUUUUCGGACGAGGUUUUGUAAGCACUGGAGGUCUUGAAACAACAGAGGAAAUUGUAGCAAUGCUCACCUUAAAACCUGGUCAAAAAGUUCUUGAUGUUGGUUGUGGAAUAGGAGGAUCUGGUUUCUACAUGGUGAAGAAUUUUAAAGUGGAAGUAUUGGGUGUUGACUUGUCUCGGAAUAUGAUCGACAUCGGAAAACAGAGAGCCAAGGAAUUCAAAGACGACAAGGUUGAAUUUGCAGUUGCUGACAUAACAACAGCAGAUUAUGCCCCAGAAUCCUUUGAUGUCAUUUACAGUAGAGACACAAUUCUUCACAUUGCAGAUAAAGAAGCCUUGUUUAAGAACUUCUUGAAAUGGUUGAAGCCUGGUGGAGAGCUUCUUAUUUCUGACUACUGCCGCGGUGCUAAUGAAUUGUCUGAGCAGAUGAAAGCAUAUGUUGCUAAGCGACAUUAUAACCUUCUGACUCCAGCAGAUUAUGGAAAGCUUCUUGAGAAAGUUGGUUUUGUUGAUGUAAAAGCAAUAGACAACACCGAGAGAUUUGUGGAAGUUCUUCGGUCAGAGAGGAAAAGAUUUGAAACAGACAAGGAAAUUUUCUUGAAGGAUUUCAAAAAGGAAGAUUUUGAAUACCUCGUUGAAGACUGGGAGACAAAGAUUGACCGCUGUGGCCGUGGAGACCAAAAAUGGGGUCUAUUCCAUGCAAAGAAAUCUUCUUAAAUCAUUUGUCGCACACAUCACGCUAAAGCUGCUUUUCAGAAUCGUACAAGGAAUCAUAUCAAAUCUUUUAUGACAAAUAAUCAAAUCUUUCAGGUGCUUCAUUUUUAUUUAAUAGAUAAGCACCUACAUGCCCGCUUCCCGUGAACUAUUUUGUCUUCAACAAUUAAAUAAAAAAAGGUAAUAAAUUGGGUGGUGUUUCUA